CGUUAAACUUGUGGAGCCUUGAAGACCUAUUGGCUGUAAACCUAUCCUCGAACUUUCUAGAAGGUCACCUACCAUUAGAUAUUAGAAAUCUGAAGGUCAUAACACUAAUAGACUUGUCAUGGAAUCACUUGUCAGGUACAAUCCCAAACACCAUAGGAGGAGCUCAGUCAGUAGUUUCUCUUUCCUUGGACCACAAUAAUAUGCAAGGACCUAUUCCUCAAUCAUUGGGCAACUCGAUAAACUUGGAAUUCUUGGAUCUAUCAAGUAACAAUUUGUCAGGAGUUAUUCCAAAGUCCUUGGAGGCACUCAGGUAUCUCCAAUAUUUCAAUGUGUCUUUCAAUAGACUGCAAGGAGAAAUUCCUAGUGGAGGACAUUUUGCCGACUUUACAACUAAGUCCUUUCUGCAUAAUGAUGCACUUUGUGGUGCACCUCGUUUGCAAGUUCCCCCAUGCAAAGCCCAUGGAAGAUCGAGGUCAAAAAUUGUACCCAAGUUGAUAUAUAUUUUAACUCCUAUUGUAUUAGCAAUUGUUAUUGUGGCCCUCAUAUUUGUGUUGAUAGGAAGAAACAAAAAGAUAAAAUUGCAGACCCAAGACGAUUCGUCAUCACCUUUUCCAUGGAGAAGGAUUUCGUGCGAGGAACUUCUACGAGCAACAAAAGCAUUUAGUGAAACCAACCUAAUUGGUAUGGGGAGUUAUGGCUCAGUAUAUAAAGGAAUGCUCUUGGAUGGGAUGAGUAUUGCAGUCAAGGUUUUCAAUUUGCAACCAGAAGGAGCUUUCAAGAGUUUUGAUGUCGAGUGCGAAGUAAUGCGUAAUAUUCGUCACCGGAAUCUAAUUAAAAUCAUCAGUAGUUGCACUAACUUAGAUUUCAAAGCCUUAGUACUAGAGUACAUGCCUAACGGGAGCCUUGAGAAGUGGUUGUAUUCACACAACUAUUGUUUGGAUUUCCUGCAACGGUUAGAUGUCAUGAUAGAUGUUGCAUCAGCAUUGGAGUAUCUUCAUCAUGGUAAUACAACACCCACUGUUCACUGCGAUUUGAAGCCAAGCAAUAUCCUCCUCGAUGAAGACAUGGUUGCACAUGUUGCUGAUUUUGGGAUUGCAAAACUCUUAAGUGAUGGGGAUCUUAUAGUGCAAACUAUGACCUUAGCAACAAUUGGAUAUAUGGCACCAGAGUAUGGAACCGGAGGAAUAGUAUCUACAAGAGGCGACGUCUACAGUUUCGGUAUUAUGUUGAUGGAAACAUUCACAAGGAAGAAGCCGGCGGAAGAAAUGUUUGCUGGGGAGAUGAGCUUGAAGCGUUGGGUGAAUGAAGCAUUAAUGGAUGGUUCAAUUGUUGGGGUUGUGGACUGUAAUUUGAUGGGAGGAGAAGAAAAAGAUUUCUCUGUGAAGGAGCAAUGUGUAUCAUCUAUCUUGAGUUUGGCCAUGGAAUGUUCAAAUGAUUCACCUGAGAAAAGGACAAACAUGGAAGAUGCCUUGGUUAGACUAAAAAAAAUUAAGGUUUCGUUUCUAGCAGAUAUUGGUAGGACUUGAAAGAUAUAGCAAUCUUAAUUUACGUCUACUGUAAAAUCUUUUUUCCUUAAAGCAGAAACAAUGUUGAAGAUCAUGUUGUAGUAUAAGGCUAGUGUCUUUCAAUAAUUAAAUCUAAUGAUAGACAAUGUUGAACUCAAACAUAAAUAUAAACAGAGUGCAAAUUUUUUUUCU